AUGUCAUCACCACCACCUAUAGCAUCAAAUUCAACUGAACAUUCAGCACUAAUUAAAUUAUCACCAUUUUUACAACCUUGGAAACCAACAUUAUUAGCAUAUACUGCAUCUUUAGGUUCAGUUGCUGGUGGAUAUCCAUUAGAUUCAAUUAAAUCACGUAUGCAAACUCAUGGUUUUAAGAAUAUAACUGGUGCUUUUUUGAACACUGUGAAGAAUGAAGGUUUAAGAGGUUUAUUCCGUGGUAUAUCAUCACCAAUUUUCACAAUUGCAAUAUCAAGAUCUUUAAACGUUUCAGUUUUUUCCAUGGUUAAACCUUAUACAUCUAAAUUAUCUUUGGGAUCAGGUGAUAAUUUCAAUCCAGUAUUAAGAGUCUUGGGUAAUAAUUUACCAAGUUCAUUUGUUUCUGGUUAUUGUGCAGGUUUUAUAACAAGUUUAUGGGCAUGUCCUUUUGAAUUUGUUAAAUUAUUUUCACAAAUUUCAUUCUUGGAGAAUAAAUCCAAGAUUGGUAAUUUGGAAGCAUUAAGACAAAUCAUUAAUAAGAAUGGGAUUAUGGGAUUAUAUACAGGUUAUAAAUUUCAAUUUUUAAGAGAUACUUUCGGUGCAGCUAUUUAUUUUACAUCAUAUGAAUCAAUUAAAUUAAUUUUAAAUUCAUUCUUAACUAAAGAACAAAAGCAUGAAACAAAUUCUAUAAUUGAUAAUUUCUCAAAUAGUUGGAUUUCAAUUGCAUUAUCAGGUGGUCUUAGUGGUGCAUUAUGUUGGAUUGCAAUUUUCCCAUUUGAUACUUUAAAAAGUUUAGAACAAAAAUCUUUAAUUUCUACAAUAGUUAAUAAAGAUUAUAAAACUAUAGAUACAUUGUUCCUUAGAGGUAAUAUUUAUAGAGGUGUAAGUGCAUCUAUCUUAAGAUCUUUUUUCACUAGUACAUUGUUUUUCUCAACUUAUGAAUAUUUGAUGAAAGUGGUGGCAUAG